GGAGCACUUCAUCACCUCCUGUUAUUACAGUACAUAGACUCCACGCCUACACACUUAAGUCAAAUGAGAGCUUGUUACUGUCAAAGUAAAUGGAUUUAUAACACUACAGGAGGUAGAAAACACUGAUUUUGUUUAUUUUAUAUUUGACACUGCUCCUUUUCAAUUUAAACUGUAUAUGUGUCAGACAACAGGUACUCAUUUUCUUAGAGCAGGGGUGUCAAAUUCAUUCCGUUGAGGGCAGUGAUUUUUCUUUCAAUUUGUGUCCAAUUAAGAGCUAUACAGCCAGGUGAGGGGAAUUCCUAACUAAUCAGUGAUCUUAAUUCAUCAAUCAAGUACAAUGGAGCUACCCUCCAUGGAAUGAGUUUGGAUCUAUUUUGCUGGUUGGCUUUACAGCUAGCAAACUAGAGCAUUUCCUCUCAUGUCCAAUUUUAUUUAUUUUUUUGUACCAAUUUGUUAUUGACUGGACAUUCCCAACUCAUGGAUUCAGUCAGACAUUGACGUCUCGUUGACGUUGUUCAGUGACCGAGUGUUUCUUCCUUGCAGAUCUCUGUGCUGUUCGUGCGUGAGCGUGGAGGAAAUGGUAGCAAGAUGGCGGCGUUGAAGGAGGAGCAGUGCUACGGAUUGUCUUGUGGACGAGUGAGCAAUGGCAGUAAUGUCUCGGUCUUUCACGUAAAACUCACUGACAGCGCCUUGAAAGCAUUUGAAGGUUAUCAGAGCAGCAAGGGCCUGUCUUCACAACCGCUGAUCCGAUUUACUGGAAGCCAAGGGAAAAUCUCAAUACCGUGGUCGGAAAAUCCGAAUGAGCUGCGACUGUUUACUUUCUACUUGUCCAAUGUGGGUAGGGACAACCCACAAGGCAGUUUUGACUGCAUCCAGCAGUACAUCACCAGUGAGGGGAGCAUUCAGCUGGACUGCCUGGGUGGAAUCCAGGACAAGAUCACGGUGUGUGCCACGGACGACUCUUACCAGAAGGCCAGGCAAAGCAUGGCUCAGGCAGAGGAGGAGACCCGCAGCAGGGGUGCGAUCGUCAUCAAGCCUGGGGGGAGAUACGUGGGUAAGAAGGUGCAGAUCCGGAAACCGGCACCUGGGCUGUCUGACAUCGCUCCAUCGCGGCGGACGUCGCGGCCUGUCAUCAUCUCUAGCAGUGCGGCAAAAAAGAGCACGGCGCAGCAGAGGCCCCUGAGGGAGCGCCUCACCCACCUGCUGGCCCUCAAGCCUUACAGAAAGCCUGAGCUCAUCCUGCGCCUGCAGAAGGAUGGCCUCUUGCCCUUCGACAAGGACUCUCUGGACAGCCUCCUGCAACAGGUGGCUAACCUAAAUGUGAGAGACAACACCUUCACAUUGAAGGACUCUUUGUUCAAGGACAUUCAGAAGGAUUGGCCAGGCUACACUGAGGGAGACCAGCAACUUCUGAAGAGGAUCCUUGUUCGGAAAAUGUGUCAGGCCCAGAGUCAGACUCCGAGCACCACCACAGUGGCUCCUCCAGCUGAGGUCCAACUCCCAGUGAGCCCUCCCAAAGAGCUGGCUAGCAGCUCCCCGUCGCAGAAACGACCUGCUGCAGAUUUCAUCGAUCCUCUGGCCAACAAAAAGCCCAGGAUAUCACACAUGGCUAACAAAACAGCGGUGCCAAUAAAUGGCAAGCCGAGUUCCUCCAAUGGAAAGGAGGGGAGUGGGGCAGUGGUUGCGGCGCCAGCGGUUGAAGGUGUGACGUCCAGCUCCCAGCUCCCCCUACUUGACAUCCACCGGCCCUUCGACCCACUCUCCGACGUUAGUAACGACUCCAGCCACAAUGGCCGGGACUGUGAGGGUCAAGAGGCCGCUGUAGCUGAGAGACUGAGCCAGCCACCAGUCUUCUCUGGGCCUGCAGCGCUGUCCAUACCAACCCUGGGCCUCUCGUCCCUCGGACACACCGGCCUCGAUGGGCCCCAGGACAAGAGCACCUUGCCCUCCCUGCACGGCAAGUCCAAGAAGAAGUCCAAAAAACACAAAGACAAGGAAAAGUCCAAAGAGAGGGAACGGGAUAGAGUGAGAGAGAAGGAGAAGAAAGGAGCAGAGGAGCGUGUUCCUGAGCCAAGAAAAGCCUGUGACAUCACCUCCAGCCCCGAGAACUUGAAGAGCAGUAGUAUUCCACACAGCAGCACAGAUCUCAAUGGAAUGUGCAACAACACCAGUGUUCCUUCGUCAUCGACUGAGAUGGCAGACUAUUUAUCGGAGUAUACCGUGAUUGGCUCUUCCGAGCAGCGUCAAACAUACAAGAAUUACUUUAAUACUGAGUAUAGUGAGUACCGGGGCCUCCACGCUCGGAUAGAGGGCAUCACCCGGCAGUUCACUGUGCUCGACACUGAGCUUAAGCAGCUCCAACAAGGCACAGACAAGUACAAGACAAUCCACAAUCAGAUACUCCAAGAGUAUCGUAAAAUAAAAAAGACGAAUCCAAACUAUAGCCAAGAGAAGAACCGCUGUGAAUAUCUACACAGCAAACUGGCACAUAUAAAGAAACUUAUAGCAAAGUAUGAUCAACAGCAACUUCAAAACUGGACUGGUUGACAUUUUCUCUUUUCUCUCUGCAAACCGAAGAAAGAGAAACUCUGGAUUCUGUUAGCUCUAAAAUAACUUAUUAAAGAUGCCAUGAAGGGAGGGAUUAUUCCUAAAGAUGCCAUGAAGGGAUGGAUGAUUCCCCUCAUUGGGGCCAAAAGCACUAGUGAGGACAAAGCAGACCACAUUUCUUUUUUUUUCUUCCAAAGAUGUGACACUGGCAUGUUUGGCCAGAUCUCUGUGUAGCUACACUGCAUCCGGAAAAGCUUUGCGUGCUGUUUCUCAUACUCUGUCCUAAGUGCACAGAGAUCUCUCAAUGGAAAAACCACAUUCUUUGGAGAUCUCCAAAACAGCCUUUCCUGGUUUGUAGACUGGGCGGUGGUGGUGACACUGAAAUGGAGUCGGCAGAUCUUAUGCCAAAUGCAAAUAGUUUGAGAACAGAUACAAUGUAAUGAAUUAUAUGGUAUCACAUUUUUCCCCAUAUUGAAAUGGAAGGUUCUAAACUCUAUUUUACUGUUUUUUUUAUUUAUAAUUUCAUUUUUGUUCUUCCAUAGGAGUAACAAGUUCUGUUAUUUUACACUCCUCAAUAUCAGUACUACAAAGCAGAGUCUCUUGUUUUUUUUUCUUCACAUCUUGAAUGUUAGUCAGUAUUUUAUGCAAAAACUGCCUUGGCAAUCAAAUUGUCCAUCUGUUGCAGUUCAUUAUUUUCUUUCCUUUUAAAGAGAUGCACCUAUCUCCAUCAAUUUAAUAAAGACAAUGCUAUAAAAAAUCGUCAGGCAUAGGUGCCUCGGCUUGGCUUUUCUUACAUAUUGUUCAAAUGUCUUAACCAGAAAGACAUCAUCAUGUAAGAGCAGCCUCAGGUGAUAGGAGCUUACUGAAUUUAAAGGUUUAACACAAGCUGGGAAAGUGUGUUUUUUCACCACCAGUCAUGGCAAGCUCUGAUUUGUUUUUCUAUGGUUACGGUGAUGGUACUUGGCUAUGCCUGCCAUGUACACCAGGAUAAUUUGGAUCCUUGUAUUUUUAUCAACUAAUGCAUACAGGGAAGUUGAAAUAAUCGGUGCUUUGACCUAACGUAGUCUGUUUAAUCACAAGUUGGAAGAUACAGUAUUAGUAUACCCCAUGCAGCAGGUUUUACCAUUAACUUUUCUCUUUGCGACUAUAUUGGUAUUAUAAUUUCCCUCUAAUUCAUUCAAACAAUUGGCUCUUAAACAAGGAUUUUAUUUCCUAUAUCUAGUACUUGUUCAUCUACAUGAUUGUCAAGACUGUUAACCCAAGACCAGCCUCACCUAUCUUCCAAAUGGAGUGGAUGACUUAUCUUUGUAUCUGCCAGGCUAACGUAUUCCAGAUCUUUUGUGUCCUGAACCCCUGAAAUAAUCAGGAACACUAAUGUUUUUGGAAUCUGUCACAAAAGUGAUUUCGGGAGAGCUCGGUAAAUUUUGGGGUAGUCAACUAAUGCCUUUCUGAUUAACGAUUUUUCAUAUUCACAUAGAAAGGUUAAUCUUGUUCCUCUUACAUGGGUUUUAUCCCAAUGAGACGUUUCCCUUUGACCAUCAGAGUUCGUGCUUUAUGAAUGUUACAAUGACCAGUAUUUGUAUCUUUACUUAAAACUGCUGCCUAAAAAAAUCCAAAGGCCUGAUAAAACCUCAAAAUGGAAAUUAUUUCUGUCCAGCAUUAAUAGCAAAACAAUGCUCUCCCAUGAAUCGAGCAAACGGCAAAAUCAUUUGAGUAUAUUCUACUUACCAUUGGCGAUAAAGAAUUGUUGAUUUAGUUGACAUGUCAUUUUAAUUCCAAUUUGCCCUAUGAAAUUUCGUCUUUGGUUACGACGUGAGAGAGGGCUCUUAUUCACUUCAAAUGGGAUAUCAUGCGCUCAGAUGUUUCAAUGUAAUGUAUCAUCACCUCCUGAAAUCCAAACACGGCCAACGCUCAGAGAUUCAUUUAUCACAAUGCUGAUUUGAGAUUGCUUCUGGAUUGAAUGUUUUGUGACAAGAAUCAAUUCUCAGCAUCACACAGUACCGUGGAACCCUUUAAAUAAGUGACUUUUCAUCUCGGAGUGAGUUUUAUAGAGACGUUCUGAUAGGAUUACUGUAUACAUUUCUCUUGCGGUCAAAUCAAUUUUGAUGCCGUUCUCAUCAAUACAGAUGGUUAAUGCAUUUAUUUGCUCAGAUAUGGAGCUAAAUUGUUUUUAGUAUGAAUUGCCAGUACAGAAUACUAUGGUAUGAGUUGAAUGUGCCAAAUGACCUGUUGUAUAGGUUUUCAUAUGACUACAAAUGGUGCUGUUUUAGCAAAGAAAUGGCUUUGGAGGAGAGUCUGGGAUAUUGGCGCUUUAAACCCAAAGCACGCUUUUUGAAACCGUAAGGGAUUAGGAUUGAAAUUGACAUAUUUCAAUAAAAUUCUUUCAAAUCCUUA